AUGUUCAGACUCCGAUCGAACUCUAACCAGCACAACUGCGAGCCUCUGACUGCAAGUCCAUCUCACUCUCGAAUCCCCGCCAUGGACGACGCAACUUUUGAAACUGUCUAUGAUCCAGCUAGUCAAGAUACGCAGCAUAGUAAUCAACUAAAGACCUUCAAACCUCCGAAACGGGUUCAGCGGCCCAAAACUUGCGUGGAAGGCAUCUUGCUUUACUUCAAGCUCAUGUACAAACGGCGAAACAUGGUCAGAAUGCCAGCCAUCUCGACGGAGUCUUUCCCUCUCUUCCUGAACAGUGUGCUUGCCUGUCUCUUUUACAUCAUCACAUUCAGGAGAUCUGCUUGGUAUCGCUUGUCCGCGGAGUUUUUACAACAACGCGUUGAGGCAACUUUUCCUCUUCUGAAAGUGGCGGUUCAGUCUGCGGCUCAGUCUGGGGACUUUUCGGCAGAAUCAAUGAAGUAUCAAAUGUCGCAAUUGGGAACGCGCUCAAGUGAAGAAUACUACGUCGACGAAUGGAACGCCAUUGAAUUUACGUCUUUGGACGAUCAUUGGACCCACUUCCUUCCUCAGUUCAACAUUUCAGGUCCGCGGGAUGUUCUGAGUUAUGCAGGUGUUAUGCUUGUGAUGGUUUCUCUAAUAUUCUCCACCAUUCUGGAAGUAAGGCCACCCCUUGGAGUGUGCAUCUUCGCCACGGGUAUGAACUACCUCAUGACCUCGGUUGCAUACGUGGAGAAGUUUGGUGAUCUCCAUUAUUGGACCUACCAGGGCUUCGAGUGGGUAAACGGGUCGACAUCCAGAACUAUCCGCUACAUUCCAAUUAUCAGUGCCAUGUCUAUUACCCCACUCACACGCGCGACCUUCAUCGCUGCCAACCAUGUUCAAGUCGCACUCUCCCAGAAGACCAUGUACGAACUAGUCGAGGGCGAAGAAGGAGUUAAAGAGGUGCCUAUACCAGAGAGCUUCAAGAAGUCCGGUAUCCCACAAGGAUAUACUGUUGAUCCAGCAACGGUGGUGGCCUCCCUUGCCAAGUCUGGCAUUACCACAGAGGAGCAGUUACCUGAUGGCUUGCUCGAGGGAUUUAAAGAUGUCAUCAAUGCAUCUACCAAUCUGAAUAUCAUACCAACAUCCAAAAGAGCUAUUGAGGAUGCUUCACUCGCCAAAGACGAUGCCGAAGAGAAAUAG